AUGCUCUCCACUGAUAUUCUCGCUCUAGGGAUAUCUUGCAUUAUUGCCCUGGGUGUCGCUUCGGGUCUCAUUCGCAGACGUGUCUACCCUUUACCUCUGCCACCUGGCCCUCGUUCGAUACCAUUUUUGGGCAACGUGCUACAAUUGGACACUAAACGACCUUGGCUCACAUAUACUGCGUGGGGAAAGACAUAUGGAAACAUCAUUUACUGUUGCAUACUUGGGAUCGACUUGAUCAUCAUAAACUCCGAAACCAUCGCGAAAGAGUUGCUGGAAAAACGUUCUGCGAAUUACUGUACUCGCCCCGUCAUUCGCACCAACGAAUUAGCUGGACUGGGUUUCGCUACUGCAAUGCUUCCGUAUGGUGAGACUUUACGACGACAUCGUAAGAUCUUCCAUCAAGUCCUCAAGGCCGAAGUCUCGGCGUCAUACCAGGAGAUAUACUCUCGCCAUGCAAAUCGACUAGUCAUCAAUCUUUUAGGUGCCACUGUAACUGAUGAUCUACAGCACCGCACUGAAGCAUACGCGGGAAGCGUAAUCGUAGCCGUGACAUACGGAGACCUUGCUCACGACUCAUAUCUUACCCGCGCGCAAGAACUCGUUGAUAUUACAAAACAGAUUGUUACUCCCGAGAAGGCUGCCAUGUUCACAGCCUUUCCUUUCCUCGAGAAGUUACCGUUUUGGUGCUUCGGUGGAGCACAUUCCCAGAUGGGACGCAAUAGAGAAUUAUCUCAACAGCUUUUGAAUGAGCCCUUUGACGAAGUGAAGGCACAGAUGGCAAAUGGCACUGCCUCACACUCAUUAAUCACUGACUUUCUCAGCCAACCGCACGAUGACGCUGACGAAGAUACAAUGAAGGAUGUUGCGUUGACAGGAUACGUAGCUGGCAUGGAAACCACUGCAUCCGUAUUGCAUAUAUUCCUGCUGGCUAUGGUGCUAUAUCCUGAUGUCCAAGCCCGGGCUCGUGCAGAAAUUGAUCAGACUGUGAGGCAUGAUAAAAUGCCGUGCCUUAAUGACAGGGCGUCCCUGCCCUAUCUUGAUGCCAUUCUCUGCGAGGUCAUGAGAUGGUAUCCUGUCGCCCCCCUAGGAUUUGCGCAUGCAACUUUAGAUGAUGAUGUGUACGAGGGGCAUUUUAUACCCAAAGGUACAACAGUAAUGGUCAAUCAGUGGGCACUGUCUCGGAAUGAAGACAUAUUUCCCGAUGCAUCGCGCUUCGAUCCUAGUCGCCAUCUAACUGUUGACGGGAAGCUGAAGAGCCCUUUCAUCAACCAUUUUGCCUUUGGUUACGGCAGGCGUAUUUGUCCUGGUCGUUGGUUUGCAGAGUACACUAUGUGGACUGCAAUUGCUGCCAUACUCGCUGUCUUGCGCAUCGAUCAUGCCAAAAACUCAAACGGAGACAGGAUUGAGGUGAAGCCAAAGUUCACCACCGGCGUGGGGAUUCAGCCUGAACCAUUUCCCUGCUCUUUUGAAAUCGUGAGCACAGCAAGAGAAGGACAGAUCCGAGCAAUGAUGAAUUCGGAGUAGACUUAGUUUGUACGAUGAACAAGAGAAUUGCUUUCGAAUACAUCGAUUUUCAGAAACUACUUAGUGGAUCCGUUUCCAAAAUCUCAUGAACCGGCGCAACCAGGCUGCAUAUCGUUGAUCGGUUCACGGGCCACCCUUGACACCACUUGGAAAGGGUACCAAAGGCGUCCACCUCCGCAGGAGUCUCCUCUUGGAUCUGGCAAUGUGUUCAUGCCGUGUCUAAAUCCCAGUGAUAGCACUGGUCUGAAUUGGUUGUGUUUUAUCGUCGCCGCUGCAUGUUGCAUCUGGCAUGCAGCAAUGAUAGUCUGAGAUCGUGUG